CUCGCAUUUGAGAGCCGGAAGAAGCGGAUCCUUUUAGGAAGACGAAUCAUCCCGGAAAUGAGUCACAGCGCAUGCGCACUUGUCAAAGAUGUGGCUACGCUCUUGUCAUCUCUUCACACGGCAGAGACGUUACUCAAUAAACUCGAAAGCGUUGUGUGUCCACCAGCUGCACACUGGCCAUCCUCAGCUUACACACAGCUACUAUGAAGGGUUGUACCCUGGUCACAUUCACACCACCCCCCUGCAGAAAGCCUUGCUGGCUGUUGGAUCAGGUGUGGCGGCAUUGCAGAACCCUUACAGACAUGACAUGGUUGCGGUGCUUGGAGAGACCACUGGACACUUGGCACUUAUAAAUCUAAGGGACAGGAUGAGAAAUGACCCUGAAGGUUACCUGGUCCUAACAGAAAGGCCAAAGAUUCGACUCUCUACGCUCGAUCUGAAAAACAUGGCCGGCCUGCCUGAUGGUUCUUUCGGGAGAGAAUACCUCCGUUUUCUGGAGGACAAUAACGUGACGCCUGACUCGAGGGCAGAGGUGAAGUUUGUGGACAACGAGGAGCUGGCUUACGUCAUGCUGAGAUACAGAGAAGUGCACGACUUACUGCACACGUUACUGGGCAUGCCCACCAACAUGCUGGGCGAAGUGGCAGUGAAAUGGUUUGAAGCUGCUCAGACGGGGCUUCCCAUGUGCACUCUGGGAGCUUUGUUGGGGCCGCUUCGGCUGAACGCAAGCCGUUUCCAAACUCUGCUCACGUCUUUGGGCCCCUGGGCCCUGCAGAACGGCCGGCGGGCCCGCUGCGUCCUCAGUAUCUUCUAUGAGAGGCGAUGGGAGCAGAGCCUGGAGGACCUCAGAUCAGAGCUCAACAUUGAGCCUCCACCAGUCAGUUUUCCAAAGAAGAAGAACACAUAAAAAAAAAAAAUCAAGAACUGCUUGUAUAUAAAAAAAAAACUGAAUCACAGACAAACCGGAAGUAUUUGGAAGAUGAAACACUGGAAUUUCUUUUACAACUCGUGUAGUUUUCUACAGAGGAAACAAGGAAAUUUUGUUUCUUUAUAAAGUCUGGCUUGUCCCAGCUUCAAUGAGCUGUUUUUUUUUUUUUUUUUUUUGAGUCAGCGUUCAUUUGAGAAAUGUUUAAUAUUUGACUUUUUUAGUUCUUUACUGCAGGCCUGGUUCAACAGACCAGCAGUGUAACUGAUUAAAAUAAAUUUCCUGUCUAAAUCAUC